CGUGGCUCCAUAAUGCGCAGAUCUUAAAUAACAUAGCAGUACCCGGUCACAACAGCCGUGGACGAAUGUUACACAGGAAGGAAUUCCAUUUUGUUAUAAGCAGCUAAUUCGUUUAGAAAUGUCUAUCGACUAUUUGACGACACUUGGAACUACUUCAUGGCUUCUGAUCCUGACUGUCGGUGUAGCCGUCUACUUUUGGCUGACGUCUGAAAAAGAGCCCCAAAAUCUUCCACCAACCCCAGGCAUUGAGCUGCCCUUUAUCGGACACUUGUACCUGCUAAAGGAAAACCCCAGGCAACAGUUUCUUCGCUACACUCAAACCCUUGGUCCAAUUUUUAAGCUUAAAGUAGGAACAUGGACGACCGUUGUUCUGAAUUCGUUCGAUGUCAUUAAAGAGGCCAUGGUCAAGCAAGGUGAAUAUUUUUCAGAUCGACCUCGAUUAGAUAUCGUUCGGAAUUUGUUUCCACAUAUAUAUGAUGGGAUUAUCAUGACGUCGGGUCCUAAUUGGAAACAACAAAGAACAACAUCAUUGGGAAUUCUGAGAAACUUUGGCAUGGGGAAGAAUAUCAUGGCGGAGAAAAUCUCUGAAGAAGCUGCAGCUUAUGUCAAAGAACUCGCCUCAACUGAAGGGAAACCUACCAACAUCAAAUUGCUCACAAAUAUGAGUGUCUCUAAUGUUAUUUGUUCCGUAAUUUUUGGUCAAAGAUUUGAGAUAACUGAUCCUUUAUUUAUGAGAAUGAUACAUCUCUAUGAUCAUAUGCUGGAACAAGGAUCCGGUGUAAAUAUUGUUUUUAGUCUGCCAAUUUUACGUCAUUUACCCUUUGACCCUUUUGGGUUUGUUAAAUAUGGAUUAACUGUUAAAGAAAUUAAUUCCGUGAUCAAGCAGCUGGUUCAAAAAGUCAGAGAGCGAAGCAUCAGCGAGUCCGAUAGUUUUGUUGCUGCUUAUAAUUCUGAAAUGAAAAAGGCAGAAAAAUUUGGACAGCCAUCUUAUCUGGAUGAACAAAAUCUAAUCGGAUGUAUUGAUAAUCUUUUUGCUGCAGGAACGGAGACCACCAGCACCACAAUUUUAUGGAGUCUGUUGUAUGUCUUGCAUUAUCCAGAAACCCAGGAUAAAAUUUUCCGAGAGAUAAAAGAACAUAUAGGAACAGAUCGUGCACCAAAUAUCUCGGACAAACCAAAGCUUAAAUAUUUAAAUGCUUUCAUUAUGGAAACACAAAGAAUGGCCAGUCUAGUGCCGUUUAGUGUCCCGCAUAUGUGUAGCAAAGACACCAUUCUCAUGGGGUUUAAUAUUCCCAAAGGAACCCAAAUAAUGGUUAAUCUCGAUUCAGCUUUAAGUGAUGAAAAAAUCUGGGGCGAUCCUGAGAAUUUCCGACCUGAAAGAUUUCUGGACGAGCAAGGAAAUUUGAUAAAGAAAGAAGAGCUCAUACCGUUUUCUAUCGGUCGCAGAAUUUGUCUUGGGGAAUCCCUGGCUAAGAUGGAACUUUUCUUGUUCCUGUCGUCCAUGUUUCAGAGGUUCGAGUUCCUGCCUGUUGACCCAGAUCAUCUUCCUACAUUAACUGAGAUUUUAGGAACAACUGCUGCACCUACUCCAUAUGAACUGCGAUGCGUUUUAAGAAGUUAAAAUGUAGAUUAAAACCAGAACAGAUUCUCUAAAGUUUCAAAGAUAUCUUUAGCUUUUAUAUAUUCGACUUUAUGACUUUUUAUAUAAUAUUAUCCAAAGUUUCAAAGAUAUGAUUAGCUUUCAUUUAUCCGACUUAGUGAGUAUUGAAUAGAUAUAAUCAUAACCGUAAUUCUAAUUCACAUCGCUUGAAUAAGCCAAAAUGUCCGAACACGAUUUGCCAACACGUCAUAUAAGGACAUGUUGUAUUCAGUUUCAGUGAGUGUCCAUUUUUUUCUAUUACAAACGUGUUUUUUUUUCCUUGUUUAUAUACAUUAAUCAAGAUUGUAGAGAUUUUGCUGAUAAAUAUAUUCACAUUCAUAUUUUUCUUUAAUUAAUUAUUUUUUUUUACUAAUGAUUUGAUUUGUUUUUUCAAUAAAUAAAAUUUUUAAAAUAUCAGUUGUAUUGCAGGUCUAAGUAGCACAGUAUACGUCCACUAGCACCAACUUAGUUGUUUUAGUACUAAUAACCUUACCAACAUGUCUUGGACAAUACUACUAUCAUUGUACAUCAACAAAUAGAACAACUAAAAUUAUGUCUUUGUUUUAUUCGUUUGAAUUGUAGAACGUUAAGUCCCA